UCUCAUCUCCGCCCUAGUGUCGACCUGAUGCAUCCGCUCAGCCUGUUUCCUCCGCUGGCGGCGACCUGUUGAUGGCAUCUCUCAGCUAAAUUGCCACGACGAGCUCUGCAAGCGCCGAUGCGCGGCCAUACAUAUUGCGCCGGCCUGACAUUGCUGGUCGACUUUUUCACCCAUCACACCUACGUAACUGACUAUCUGGGAGUGCGCGGUCGCCCCAGCCCUCACGUUCCUUUUGCCCUUGGCUUACCAACCAAAGGCGCUUUCAUUCCUUUAUUUGUCCGGCCGCCUCGUGUCCAGCGCAGACAUGAGCCAGAGUACAACGGUUGUCAGAGUCGAUGACCGCGACCCAACCAUUUUCUACAGUGGGGACUGGUACCUCGGAGGAAACAGUGAAACAGAGUUCGACGGAACAACGCACGGCGCUCUCACGAACGGCUCGACAAUCCAGUACACGUUCAAUGGCACGAGCAUUAGAUUCUACGGCACCGUGUCGGGCGCGCCGACCGGCCCACCGAGCACAUCGUCCUUUGUGGUAGACAAUGGCGAGAGUGUGCUAGUAGCAACCUCACAGCCGGCCGAUCCGAUGUACCAGUAUGAGUAUUUCGCGUCUGGGACAUUGGAGGACGGGAUGCACACACUAGUUGUCACGGCCGUGGACACUGACACGGUGGACAUACUGUGGUUUGAUUACCUGGAGUACGUGCUCGGAGACGCUGCAGAUACGGGAGCGGGUGGGGGCGGUUCGUCUUCGCCUACUCCUUCUUUUGCCUUUUCCACAGGCAUGCCGUUGUCUUCACCUUCACCUUCCUUUUCCUUCUCCACGGGCGGGCCGUUGUCUUCUCAGAAUUUCUCUUCAACAGGCACAGCGUUACCGUCGCCGUCCAGCCUCACUACGUCGUCAUCUGCCUCGCCCUCCUCGCCGGCUGAUCCCGCACUCUCUGGUGGAACGACACACAAAGCGAGCGACUUAAAGACUGUCCUCCCUGCGGUGCUCAUCCCCGUAGCAGCGCUUCUGCUGCUCUUGGGCGCGCUGCUCUUCCUCUGGCGACGCCGGCAGCAGAGAAGGCGCUAUCACAGUCCGCGGCUGAACAUCCUUGGGGAGGACCCUUCCGAUGCGCCUCCGGAGGCGAGAUUCAUAAGCCCGUAUGCAUCGGUAUCCGCUCCUGCGCCCGCCUCCGAGUCUGUACUUGUCUCCGAAUCUGCCCUUGCCUCCGAAUCCACGUCUGUACUCACGCCUUUGUCGGCACACCGGCCGCUGCUUGCGCUGGCGACGCCGCGCGACUCCAAGGAGAGCGUCGUACUGUCGCCGUACGGAACUGGUGUGGUGCGCCGGUCGGAUGCAGCUGGGGCAAGCGAAGAGGGUCCGCCGGCGUACACGAUGCGGUCGUGAACGGACGCUGUUCUGUUGUGUGGAACAUUUGUGCAAGUGGGAGCAUGCAUGCCUGGUUAGUCUUGGUGUAUACCCCUAUUUAAUACAGUUCAUGCUUGUACCUACACUCACUGUCUUUUUCCUCCAACGUCGGCUUUACUUGGGUCUUGCACGGUACAACAUCCCGAUAUG